CUUCUCUCCAAUUCUUCUUUCUCAGGUUUCCUUUGAUUUUUCUCCUUAUUUUCUAAAACUCUUGUCUAUUGUUUAAAUUUCAGAUUAGUUCUACUGUUUUUGAAGAGUACUAUUUGAGAUCCCUGCAAAUAAAAAUGGGAUAUAUGGACUUGGCGUUAUCGUAUUCGAAUCAAAUGCGGGUUGUUGAAGCUCCUGCAAGCGGAGGCGGUCUCAGUCAGAAUGGAAAAUUCAGCUAUGGAUAUGCAAGCUCAGCUGGGAAGAGAUCAUCUAUGGAAGACUUUUUUGAGACGAGGAUCGACGGUAUAGAUGGCGAAAUCGUUGGCCUAUUUGGAGUCUUUGAUGGCCAUGGUGGAGCCAGAGCAGCUGAGUAUGUGAAGCGUCAUCUUUUCAGCAAUCUUAUUACUCAUCCUAAGUUCAUUUCUGAUACCAAAUCUGCAAUAGCGGAUGCUUAUACUCAUACAGACUCUGAACUUCUCAAGUCAGAAAAUAGUCAAACUAGAGAUGCUGGUUCAACUGCCUCCACUGCUAUUCUUGUUGGUGAUCGUUUACUUGUUGCAAAUGUUGGUGAUUCCAGAGCUGUUAUAUGUCGAGGUGGAACUGCUUUUGCUGUGUCAAGAGACCAUAAACCUGACCAAAGUGAUGAGCGUGAACGGAUUGAGAAUGCUGGUGGUUUUGUGAUGUGGGCAGGGACUUGGAGAGUUGGAGGAGUCCUUGCAGUUUCUCGCGCUUUUGGUGAUAGACUGCUAAAACAGUAUGUUGUUGCUGAUCCAGAGAUUCAGGAAGAGAAGAUUGAUGAUUCUCUUGAGUUUCUGAUCCUUGCCAGUGAUGGACUUUGGGAUGUUUUCUCCAAUGAGGAAGCAGUUGCAGUGGUGAAAGAGGUUGAAGAUCCGGAAGAGUCGUCCAAGAAACUUGUGGGCGAAGCAAUAAAGAGAGGAAGUGCAGACAAUAUUACAUGUGUAGUUGUACGUUUCUUGGAGAGCAAGACUGCUAACAACAAUGGAUCCAGCUCAUCCGAGGAAGCAAAUCAAGGGGAAGAAGUAGCAAAUGACUCAUACCACAAGAACUCAGCCAAAGAAACCAAUCAAGACCAUAACACAGUACACAAGGAAAUGGACCGCAACGCUGAUAGUGAAAGCCUGAACCAGAAGCCAAUUGCAGCUAAAAGCAAUGAAAACUCGAACCAAAAGCCGAUUGUAGCCAGAAGCAACGAAAGCUCGAACCAAAAGCCUAUUGCAGCUAGUAGCAAUGAAAAUUCGAACCAAAAACUGAAUGCAGCUAGUAGCAAUGAAAGCCUGAAACAAAAGCCGACCGCAGCUAGAAGCAACGACAGCUUGAACCAAAAGCCAACCGCGUUUACAGAAGCAGAACGCAGCGUUUCUUCGGAACAGAGUGGUUUAGCCGGGGAAAAGAAUCAAAUGCCAAUUGCAAUCCGUAGUGACUCAGAGGAUAAGAGCUCAGUCAAAGUACCAAACCAAGGGAAGAUCACAGUAGAUAAUGACUCGGACCUUAGCAUUGCAAAGAAGCCGAUCACAGCAACACACACCACUUCCUUAGAACAGAGCGGAUCAACCGACGAAAAGAAUCGAACAGAGUGGUUCCGCAAGCAAGGCAAGUAGUACUGUUCCCUCUAUCUCUUACUAAAACACACACCAACUUCAGAAUCAUCCUGUGGAUAUAUAAUUGUCUCUGUCUUCAUUUACUUUGAACUAUAGUGUCGUUGAUUUAUAAGUUAUCUUUUCUUUGCCAUUCCUUAUUUUUUAUUUUUUGAGGUCUUAAGUUCUUAACUUCAAUAAUGUAAUUGUUCAUUUUGCCAUGUACUAAACUUGUAUAUUAUAACAACUUGGUUGGUUCUAAAUGCACAAUCACAUACACAAACAUAUUCAAAAUCACAUGAUAUAUACAAAAACAAGUUACAUACUGUAUAAACACCACCCACUCAAUUCUCCUCCUCUCUCCCACAACAAACUAAAAAGUACUCAUCAACAACAACAAAAAAAAAAAAAAAAAC